AAUGCAACCUGUGUGUAUAAUUUAUUUAAAUAGUGUAUGAGUGUGUGGGGUUCCGUUUCCAUUUCUCCUUGGUUGCAAUUAGUUGUACCUGUACAGCCUAGGCGCAGAUACGUAGCUUACGUUUCCUUCUACUAUUUUGCUUUUUCUUUAAUAGCAACGUGGCAUGCCACUAAGUACUUAAUAAUUCACAGCCCUCCAGUUCUCUCCCUCUCUUUCCAUCCCCCGGCUUAAUUUAUUAUACUUUUUUUCUCCACACUUUAUAACAAACCGCUUAACAGUGGAAUGCAAAUUUCUUUCUCCGUUUACAUUUGCACGUUGUUUUCUUUCUGCCAUUGUAUCAAUUCUCCUUCGACCAUCAACUUCUCUGGGCUACUACUAGUUCGUUUCAUCGCUUCCAUUCCAUAAAGUGCUUCUUCGGCGAUAAAGCGAAAAACAGCAAUUAUGGAAAAGAUGGGCAUUUUCUUAUUGGAGCGCGAAGAGAACGUCUACAAGUUAUGCCAGGACGUUGUCUCUCGUCACUAUAGCGAAAUCCAGAAAUGCUACGCUGUUUUCGUGUCCAAUCCGAAAAGGACCGUGCCAUUGUGGAGACAACGUGCCGGGAAAGAAGAGGACAAACUCGUAGUAUGGGACUACCACGUGGUAUUUUUGUACCAAGCAGAGCCCGAUAGAUGCUUGGUGUACGAUCUGGAUUCGGAGCUGCCGUUCCCAACUUAUGUCCACAAAUACGUUACAGAGACAUUCCGUACAGACAAUAUACUAAAACCGGAUUACUUUAGAUAUUUUCGUGUAAUCCCAGCUACAGAAUUUUUGAAAGAUUUCACCUCGGACAGGAGGCACAUGAAGAGAAUAGACGGUAGCUGGAUAAAGCCUCCACCGAACUAUCCAGCGAUUUGCAACGCAACAAGCACACACAAUCUGGAAGAUUUCAUUCAGAUGGACGCAACAAAGGGACCAGGACAGGUCCACAAUUUGACGCAAUUUGUGCAACGAUUCUGCAAACCCGCAACUUAGUUUCACGUCGGGGAAAGCGAGACCAGUCCAAGUUUAAAAGUUUCGCAUUUGAGCCGUUUGCAUACAGUUGCUCCUCGUCAAUUUUUCAUUGUGCUCUUAUAUUUAAUAAGUAACGAAUACUGCAAUAUAUUCGCAGAGCAAAUUCGGAAUGUUCGUUUGGAAUGAAAAUUUGCAACACAGAAAAAAAAAAUAAAGGAAAUUACAAGAAAAAAAAUAAUGAAUAUAUAUCGAUACGAAACAUUUUCUCUACAAUUUAUAUAUAAAAAGACUUUUAAAUGUUGUUCUCUAUAACUUUACAUAUAUAAUAAUAUCUUACCUCUUUUAUAACUUUCCAUUCUAUCUCUACUGAUUCAGUAUUUUCAUAAAUAA